AUGGCCGACUACGAGCAAUCCACGCUCAAACACAAUGAGCACCUCCUCUUGGACCAACCUCUUCUACGCCUCCCGCACGAACUUCUCCGCAAGAACUUUCGAUCUGCUCAUUUCACAAUCGAAAAGGACACAUCCACGCUCAAGACCCUGCUCAAGGACUCUGCGACGGCUGCCGUGUCAGGCCGAGCCUCACAGCAGGAUGUCCUCCGCAACAUUGACACCAUGAUCACCCGAAUGCGAGGAGUCAAGCGGAAGCUCACCACGUACGCAGACGAAGAGGCACGAAUUCACCACCAAACCGCCGCUCGCAUCACACACCUCGACGAACUAUACUCCAUACGUAGCGUAGACGACGUCAAGUACGAGGCAUGGAGUCGACGACGGCUGGACCGCCUACUAGCAGAUUACCUCCUAAGACAUGGCUUCAACCAGAGCGCGAGCGAGCUAGCUGAGGAAAAGGACAUGCAAGACCUAGUCGAUGUCGACACCUUUGUGAACAUGAGUCGAAUUCGAGAGGCGCUCCUAGGUGGAAGCGUCACGGAAGCACUAGCCUGGUGUACCGACAACAAGAAGGAGCUGCGAAAGAUGGAGAGCAAACUAGAAUUCAUGCUGCGGCUUCAGCAAUAUGUCGAACUGAUCCGCACGCAAUCCGAACCCAAGCUCGUCGAAGCCAUCACCCACGCCAAAAAAUACCUGAUUCCCUACUGGAAGACGUAUCCCAAGGAGGUCUCCCAGGCAUGCGGCCUCCUCGCCUUCCCCCCGGGCGGCCACUCAUCAUCCGCCUACUCCAACUUCUAUAAACCUUCACGCUGGUCCGAGCUAGCAGACCUCUUCACCAAGGCACACAACAACCUCCUCGCACUGCCGUCUGUUCCCCUCCUCCACGUCGCUCUCUCGUCAGGUCUGUCUGCCCUGAAAACUCCCGCAUGUCACUCAUCGGCCUCGCACCAGGGAGAAGGCACCUCAACUCUCGGGCACGGCGUGUGCCCCAUUUGCUCAACGGAGCUUAACGAGCUAGCUAGAAAUGUACCAUAUGCGCAUCAUACCAAGAGCCACGUGGAGCACGAUUUGAUGCUCUUGCCAAACGGAAGGGUGUACGGAUCACAGAGGUUGCAGGAUCAGGCGAAGAAAGCGGGGUUACCGCCCACAUUGGUGAAGGAUAUCCAGACUGGAGAGGUGUUUGCUGCUGAAGGGUUGAAGAAGGUGUACAUUACGUAG